GUCCCCGCCGCGAGGGGGCGCUACAGCCCGAACCCGCUGCAGGUGACCGGCCCAGCGUCGCCAAACACGGACGGACCGAGUCCUGGAGCCCGGACCGAGGCCAGCGGUGGAGGAAUGAGCGACGGGACGUGUUCCGUGAACGGGUGGAUGUCCUGAACCUGCGGUGACGUGGACGUGCGCGCGGAUGCGGACCGGACGCGCGCGCCACGUCUCCACGUCCUAGAACAGCGGCUGAAACGGGUCGGCGCCAUGAGUUCAGCUGGUUCCGCUUUCGGUGCAGAGAAGUGGACAAACAGCAGACACGUUGGAUGCAGAAAAACAGGAAACGGCAACUUCGACCCGUGCGUUUGUUUAAAUUUUCUUAAGUAUCAGCUGUUUCUGUCUUUGUGUGAUCAAUUAGGAAAUAUUGUUUUUGACUUUGAGCCUAUCUUAGAAAAACUUUUUUCCGAGCAGCCGUGAACGUCUCUUCUUCCUCUUCCUGUUUUUAACUUAUGGUAUAUGGAGCUGACGCCUGGCGUGUUCCUUGUUUUGUUCUGACCGAGGAAACAAGCGAGCGAUGAUGACGAGCAACAAGCAGAUCGACGUCAGACGGGCCCUGGUUCUGUCCGGGGCCUUCAGCUUCCUGUGCUCCGGGGCCCGGUUCUGCCUGCUCCCCUUCCUCACCCUGUGCCUCCGCCGCUGGGGCCUGAGCCCGGUGCUGACGGGCUGCGUCCUGGGAACCAAGCACCUGGUGACGCUGCUGUGGAGCCCGGCGGCCGCUCUGCUCUCACAACACUACGACCGGCGCCGGACCGUGAUCUGCGGGUCGCUCGUGUGCUCGGCUGCAGCUGCUCUGGUUCUGCUGCUCAUCCCGUCUGUAGGCGUGCACACACAGAACUACUCCUGUAACACGUCUGACCCGGGAGCCGGUCCGACACUGAACGUUACAAACGGCACCGCACCAACGGCAGAGGAUGUGGGUGAGCAGAACGCAGAGUCCGAUGACACCACGAUGACACCAAGCAACAUUUCUGAGGCAGUUACAUCCAACAUCAGCUCGGUUGAUGGUUCUGAGGGGACUAAAGUGGCCCAGAAGUCGGACGUGCACUCUGGCUUCCUGGCCCAACUGCAGACUUUGGACCCUCGGUACCAGCUCUUCUUCUUGGUGCUGAUGGCUGUGUUGGUGUGGGAGCUGGUGUCGGCGCCUCUGGACUGGACCGUGGACGACGGCCUGUAUGAGUACCUGGACUUUGCGGAGGCUGCGGACCGCCACGGCGGCGCCAGGCUGUGGGCCCUGCUGGGCGCCGCGUGUGGCGCCGGGUCGGCGGGUCUGCUGGUCAGCCUCUUGAGCUGCCUGCUGGCCCACGGCGCCCACAGGAGCGCGGUGCACUUCUACACCUACGGCGCCGUGACGGUGCUGGCGCUGCCGGUGGCCACGUACCUGCCUCUCUACCUGAACCAGAAGCGGAACCGGGCCGCUGGGCUGCUGAAGGCCGUGCGGCUCGUGUGCGGCUCGCCCCGGGCGCUGCUUUGCGGCGCCACCACCCUGCUGGCCGGCGCCGCCGGAUCGGCCGUGGACGACUUCCUGCUGUGGCAGAUGCAGGACCACGGGAGCAGCGAGCUGCACAUGGGCCUGGGUUUAUCUGCGGCGCUGCUGACUCAGGCCUCCUUCCCUCUGCUGGCCGGACUCGCGUCCAAGCUGCUGAGCCCGGCCCGGGUCCUGGUGCUGGGCGCUGCAGGUCUGGCCCUGCAGUGCUUCUACUACUCCCUCCUGUGGGGCCCGUGGGCCGCGCUGCCGGGCCAGCUGCUGGGCGGCGUCGGCGCCGGAGCGUUCUGGUGGGCCGUGAGCGUCCAGAGCGAGGAGGUGGCGGCGCCGGGCGCCGAGCGGAGCGUGGGCCGGGUCUACGCCGGGCUCUGCCUGCCUCUGGGCCGCAGCCUGGGCAGCUUCGCCGGAGGCCUGCUGGCGCAGAGGCUGGGGCUGCCGUGGCUGUUCAGGGGGGCGGCGCUGGUUCUGAUGCUGUGGUGCCUGGUUCUGCCUCUGCUCCAGUGCCAGGCGCCUCAUCAGCGCAGGAUCAACUACUCCCGCCUGUUGGCGGCUGACGCCAGCGAAGCGAGCGACUCGGAGUCGGAGCAGGACGGAGACGGGUCGGACAUGAGCGAUGACAGAAGCAACAAGAACCGGUCCGGACGGAAGCCGAAACAGUGGAUCGACUGAAGUGUGUGUGGGUCAGCAGGUACCGAAGCCUCGGUCCUGGCUUCUACAGGUUCCUGUGUGGACUGUGGUGUCGGUGGGUGCUGAACACCAGCUUCUAAACAAACUGAAUGUUCUGCUGAGCGGCUCCAGGAGAACCUGCAGUAAAAGCUCAGUAUUUGUGUUAGUUUCCUUUUAAGGGCUCAUGUUUUCACCUGUUUUAAGUGGAUUUUGUUUGUUUCAUUUUCGAGCUGAAGGCUCAGUUUGGGAAAGUUGAGGAUUUUGCACAUUAAACAGUCUGAAUUCA